UCAGCGUUUCCUCCUUUUUUCCCUCCCUGCGACCCCUCCCCCUUUAUAUCGGCUCUUAUGAUAAAUCCCUCCGAUGUGCCUCUGGCUAGUAGACUUAAAAGGCUUGAACAUCACGCAACCAACUACACUGUACAACACUUUAAUUUGUCUUGCUGAGAUUGAGUCGUCUGAAGGUAGUUUUUUCUUUUCCUGAAAAGCAACAGUCAGAGUCACUCAUCAGUCAGGUUUUGCGUCUCCACAGCGGCUCCCCCUGGAUCUCUCCCUCUGUGGCUGACACUGAAGCUGAUCGGCAUCCUUUUUUCUUACUUUUGCAGUUUUAUUUUUGUAGCAAGCAGCCUAUAUUCUCCAUCCAAGCUUCAGCAGCAUGUUGGACCCGUCUUCCAGCGAGGAGGAAGGGGAUGAAAUACUGGAGGUGGAGCGCAAAGAGGUGGCGGCCCCGAAGAGCUUCGUAGGAGCAAGGCUGUCACCGGGCCGAGUCUCCGACAGCCGCGGCGGCGGAGGGCUCCAUCCCCGGGGCCGCGGGAGCGACGGUGUUCGACCCUCCAGCCCCAGCCCGUCGGUGAGCAGCGACAAAGAAAAAGAGGACCUGGAGAAGAUGCAGAGAGAUGAGGAGGAGAGGAAAAAGAGACUCCAGCUGUAUGUGUUUGUGAUGCGCUGCAUCGCAUAUCCGUUCAACGCAAAGCAACCUACUGAUAUGGCCAGGAGGCAGCAGAAGAUCAGUAAGCUGCAGCUGCAAACAGUCAAAGAGCGUUUCCAGGCCUUCCUCAGCGGAGACACCCAGAUCGUGGCGGAUGAGGCCUUCAUCAACGCUGUCCAGAGCUACUAUGACGUCUUCCUGAAAAGUGAUCGUGUGUCCCGGAUGGUGCAGAGCGGCGGCUGCUCGGCCAGCGACUCUCGGGAGGUUUUUAAGAAGCAUAUAGAGAAGCGGGUGCGCAGCCUGCCUGAGAUCGACGGCCUGAGCAAAGAGACAGUGCUGAGCUCUUGGAUUGCCAAGUUUGACACCAUUUACCGAGGUGAAGAGGACCUUAGGAAGCAUCAGCAGAGACUGACGGCCAGCGCCGCCUCCGAACUCAUCCUCAGCAAGGACCAACUGUACGAGAUGUUCCAGCAGAUUCUGGGCAUCAAGAAGUUUGAGCACCAGCUGCUCUACAACGCCUGCCAGCUUGACAACCCUGAUGAGCAGGCAGCUCAGAUCAGAAGAGAGCUGGAUGGACGGCUGCAAAUGGCAGACCAGAUAGCUCGGCAUGGUGGAAGGUUUCCCAGGUUUGCAUCCAGGGAGAUGGAGGCCAUGUUCAUUGAGGAGCUGCGAUCCUCAGUCAACCUGCUGAUGGCCAACCUGGAGAGCAUGCCGGUGUCCAAGGGAGGAGAGUUCAAGCUGCAGAAGUUGAAACGAGGUCACAACGCCUCCAUCAUGGACAUGGGCCAGGAGGACGAGAACACGCUGUCCAAAUCUGACGUGGUGCUGUCGUUCACCCUGGAGGUGGUGAUCAUGGAGGUCCAGGGUCUGAAGUCGUUGGCUCCGAACAGGAUUGUGUACUGCACCAUGGAGGUAGAGGGGGGACAUAAACUGCAGACGGACCAGGCUGAGGCCUCAAAACCCACUUGGGGUACCCAGGGUGACUUUACCACCACCCAGCCGUUACCUGCCGUGAAGGUGAAGCUGUUUACUGAGAGCACAGGAGUGUUGGCUCUGGAAGAUAAGGAGCUGGGGAAGGUUGUGCUCCACCCGACUCCCAACAGUCCCAAGCAGUCUGAGCUCCACAAGAUGACGGUGUCUAAAGGCUGUCCAGACAAUGACCUCAGGAUCAAACUGGCCAUUCGCAUGGACAAACCACAGAACAUGAAGCAUUGUGGGUACCUUUGGGCCGUCGGGAAAACUGUGUGGAAAAGAUGGAAGAAAAGAUUCUUUGUGCUGGUUCAGGUGAGUCAGUACACCUUUGCUAUGUGCAGCUAUAGAGAGAAGAAGGCCGAGCCGGUGGAGCUCCUCCAGCUGGAUGGCUACACUGUGGACUACACUGACCCCCAGCCAGGUCUAGAUGGCGGUCGGACGUUCUUCAAUGCCGUGAAAGAGGGCGACACUGUGAUCUUUGCCAGUGAUGAUGAGCAGGACCGGAUCCUAUGGGUGCAGGCCAUGUACCGAGCUACGGGCCAGUCACACAAACCAGUUCCCCCCACCCAGGUCCAGAAACUCAACUCGAAGGGGAGCUCAGCACCGCAGCUAGAUGCACCCAUAUCUCAGUUCUAUGCUGAUCGAGCCCAGAAGCACGGCAUGGACGACUUUAUUUCAGCCAACCCCUGUAACUUUGACCAUGGCUCGCUGUUUGAGCUGGUGCAGCGCCUCACUCUGGACCACAGACUCAACGACUCUUACUCCUGCCUGGGCUGGUUCAGUCCCGGUCAGGUGUUUGUAUUAGAUGAGUACUGCGCUCGCUACGGCGUACGAGGCUGCCAUCGGCAUUUAUGUUACCUGAGCGAUCUGCUGGACAGGGCGGAGAACGGAGCCAUGAUUGACCCCACCCUGCUGCACUACAGCUUCGCCUUCUGUGCCUCCCAUGUCCAUGGAAACAGGCCUGAUGGUAUUGGCACAGUGACCUUAGAAGAGAAGGAGCACUUUGAGGAGAUCAAGGAGAGGCUACGAGUGCUUCUGGAGAACCAGAUUACCCACUUCAGGUACUGCUUUCCAUUUGGUCGGCCAGAGGGAGCGCUGAAAGCAACUCUGUCCUUGCUUGAAAGGGUUCUGAUGAAAGAUAUUGUUACCCCGGUUCCACAAGAUGAAGUCAAGGCUGUGAUCCGUAAGUGUCUGGAGCAGGCAGCUCUCGUCAACUACCAACGCCUGUCAGAGUAUGCCAAACUGGAAGGGAAAAAGAGAGAGAUGUAUGAGCAUCCUGUCUUCUGCUUGGCGUCUCAAGUGAUGGAUUUAACCAUUCAGAAUGUAGGGCGGUUAGUCACACCUGCUAAAAAACUGGAGGACAAUAUUCGCCUGUCUGAGCUGGUGAUUGAGGUGCUUCAGCAGAAUGAGGAACACCAUGCUGAGGGAAAAGAGGCCUUUGCAUGGUGGUCAGACCUGAUGGUGGAGCAUGCCGAGACAUUCCUGUGUCUCUACUCAGCCGACAUGGACGCAGCUCUUGAAGUUCAGCCGCCCGACAGCUGGGACAGUUUCCCCCUCUUCCAGCUGCUCAACGACUUUCUGAGAAUGGACUAUAACCUGUGCAAUGGGAAGUUCCACAUGCACCUGCAGGACCUGUACGCCCCCCUGGUGGUGCGAUAUGUGGACCUGAUGGAGUCCUCCAUUGCUCAGUCCAUUCACAGAGGCUUUGAAAGGGAAUCAUGGGAACCUGUAAAGAUCAUAACGAGCACUCUGCCCAAUGUCAACCUCCACAUGCCCAAAGUACCAAAUCUAACAGGUAAUGGCUCGGGGACGUCAGAGGAUCUCUUCUGGAAGCUGGAUGCUCUGCAGACCUUCAUCAGAGAUCUCCACUGGCCAGAGGAGGAGUUUGGCAAACACCUGGAGACCCGACUAAAGCUGAUGUCCAGUGACAUGAUUGAAUCCUGUGUAAAACGCACACGGGCAGCGUUUGAGGCCAAGCUUCAGAAGAGCAGCCGGGCCACAGAGUUCCGUGUGCCACAGUCCAUCUGCACCAUGUUCAACGUCAUGGUGGAUGCCAAGGCCCAAUCAGCCAAGCUGUGUGCCAUGGACCUGGGCCAGGAGAGACAGUACCAUUCCCAAAUUGACAAUCUAAUUGAAGAGACGGUGAAGGAGAUGAUAACUCUGCUCGUAGCUAAGUUUGUGGUCAUCCUCGAGAGUGUGUUAGCCAAGCUCUCCAGAUAUGAUGAGGGAACUCUCUUCUCUUCCUUCCUAUCUUUCACAGUGAAAGCUGCCUCAAAGUACGUGGAUGUACCUAAGCCAGGGAUGGACGUUGCCGACGGUUAUGUGACGUUUGUUCGUCAUUCCCAGGAUAUGCUGCGGGAGAAGGUCAACGAGGAAGUGUACAUAGAGAGAUUAUUUGACCAAUGGUACACCAGCACUAUGAACCUUCUAGGAACAUGGCUGACUGACCGUAUGGACCUUCAGCUCCACGUUUAUCAGCUGAAGAUUCUCAUCAGGGUUGUCAAGAAAAAGUACCGUGACUUCCGCCUUCAAGGUGUUCUGGACUCUACAUUGAACAGUAAGAUGUAUGAGACAGUGAGAAACCGGCUGACCUUAGAAGAAGCCACUGCCUCAGUGAGGGAAGGAGGGAUGCAAGGCGUUUCCAUGAAGGACAGUGAUGAAGAGGACAACGAUAACUGAAUCAAAGGGCCUGAAAACUACAAUAAUGUCAAAUCUUUACAGACGGUUAGCACUACGCAGCCUGAGAACCCAUGCAGCCUCUCCGUGAGGUCAAAACAGAUUGGCCUAACGUCCCACUUUUUCACUGCAUUAUUUUGCUGUUUCAGUUUAUCAUUGCUGUAAUAGUUCCACAUUUCUGUCUGAAUAUAUACAAGAAGAAAAUGUUGUGUCUAUAAACACUUGCAAUACGCAAGGCUGUCUUAUCAAUGCUAUUCAUGUAGAAAUGAUCAAUGUAGGCUCAUCAAGCUUUCAUUCCUUACAACUAAAACUGAAAUGUGAGCAAAUUAGUUUCCAGAAUAAGAGAGUGAGAAAAGCCCAGCUGUGAUUGUGAACACCACACAAAGCAGCCUUAUAAAUAAGGUAGUAAAGACUAAGGUGGUUGUAUCUAUAUGGAGUUCAUCUUCUGAAGGGAAAACAUUAUGUUGUACCUUCAUUGUGUGCCUCCCAAAACAUCUGCAGUCUUUGUGUGGGAGCUUUCCUGUUGCUUGUCAAGAAAACUAAGAAGUACACACAUCUCUUCACUUUAGGCAGUUCUGAUUCAGUAAAACGUAUGUAACACUCAAAUGAUCCAGGUUACUAAACUGUGGUUCAAAGUGAAACAGUGUUGAUACAGGUUUCUGUUUUUUAAGCCUGCCAACAAAUGGAUGAUGAACAUGAGUGCAAAACUAAAACAUUCAUAAGAUAUUUACAAAUCUACCCCUGAAUGUCCUCAUGCAAUAUGGUUGACAAUUUUGUUCUCAACUUUAUGAACAAGGCUAUACAUUUCUUUGUGUUAUGCUAAAAAUGUUUAACUUUGUGUUGCAUUGUUGUAAAAGGUAUGAAUAUGGUCUCAUAUAACAAUGGGUUUGAAUCAUGUUGCAACUUAAAAAAUCUAAACAAAAUGUUUAAAAUUAUGUUCUGUGGUCGGAUGUGACAGUGAUGGUUGUUGCCUGUUCUCAGCUUUGUUUCUCAAAUAGUCGCAACCACUGUCAAACAGCAAAUGAAAAGACAUUGUCAACAAUAAAGUUGAUAGGUGCAAAAAUGUUGUCAAUUUUAGCAAAAUAGUCAAAACUGAAAACAUCAUUCAGCAUAAACAGAAUUCCCGUUCUUUCCCCUCUUACCCGGUGUCAUACGAGGAAUCAUUGUCAAUGGCGUCUCUCGUCUCUCACCUCUUCCAGUUAGCCUAAUACAGUCUGAAUAGGUGUUAGCAUGUGUGUAGCAUAAGUACGAGUUUCACCCAAAAGGCUUUGGCAGUUUGUCAGUAGUUGUCUGCUGGCUAAACCAUGCUAGACAGGUUUGGAAAAUGUAUGAAACAAAGAAUGAACUCUGGGCAACUAGCUGUUGUGUAUUUGAAAAACAUUAUCCUAAAGUACACAGACAUAAUACUUCAAAGGUUCAUCCACAGUAUCUAGGUAAUGCAGCUGAAGCGAGCACAGGGAUGCAACAGAGUCAAUCUACCAGCUCUCCACCACCUUUCAGUUUGCGUACUGACACCGGUACGCGAAUACUCACCUAAGGGUUGGCUGAGGGCAUCAUGAGGGCAAUAAGAUAAAACAAGGAAUCAGCCUCUGGAGAGCAGGACUGUCCACAGCUAAUAUCUUGGUAUGGUCCGCAGAUGGAUGGAAGACUGACAUCCCUAGGACUAACUAUAGCAGGGCAAGACCUCAUCUUUAUUCAACAAAACAUUCAUGUAAUUAACCUAAAUAUGUCAACAACACCAUUAAUCUGCAUAAUUGUGACAAGUAAGUAAGAAGUCAGUUUGAACCAAGCAGCUAAAUGAAACACAUUUUUUGCAUGAGAGAUGAAAUUGUACACACAAAAUAAAGCAAAGGCACAUAUCUAGCAAAGAGUAAAACACGUGUAAAAUGUGUAUGGGACAUGGUCUGUGUUGUGUGGAGUUAAAUCGAAAAAAAAGAGGAUUUUGAAUCAAAGAGGAGGUGAGGUCUAUCUCUGGCUUCAAUAUAAACACUUCUGGAACUUUACUACUUGUGUGAAUGCCACAAGUGCAUCCAGAGUGAGUGAGUAAGCUUCAUGUAUCCUUUACAAAGAAAGUGAUACAGUGUAACUCAUUUAAGAAUCGCAGCGUCAAACUGCUUACAUAUAAAUCUAUCAACACAAGCUGCAUCUUUUUGUAAGUAAACACUUACUGACUCACGCUCUCACUUUUUCAAACGUUGGUGCUUUGAUUUCCACUUCAACCUAAAGCCUCUGACAUUUCCUUUCUUUAUUUUGUUUAAUAGACAAGUUAGCAAGGCAAUACGCAUACAGUUUGGUUUUAUCACACUAAUAGACCCGUUUUCAUCCUUUUUCACAUUUUCAUUUUUAAAACGAAUGCUCUAUUUUAGUUAAAUAUCAUUUAAGUAAGAGUUUAUUUGCCAUCUGUCCUGAUAUGUGCUCUGUAUUCAUUCCAGCAUGUAUGACGGGGCUAAUCCCCAUUUUUAUAAUGGAUGAUGGGAAGUGAAGUCUGCCUGUAAUUUCAACAGUUUUCUAUACUGUGCGUCGCCCUGCGUGCAAGUACUGCAUGUCCCCGGUGUUCACUCCCUUAAGUGUGUUUGCUCCAUGUGUGAAGUUACCGGUGGGUUCAUCAUGCUUCUGCCUCCUAGAAGAGCCCACCAAGUCGGAGAACAUUUCAAUAAAGGAUAAUGGCAA